AUGGCCUCGGCUAGACAGUCUUGGGCCCUAUCCCCAAUCCCCACGCCACCCCAGCAUUUUCCUAUGGGCGCAUUUUUCUCAAAUAUGGCACACCUAUUCUGGAAUCUCCCACACAAUGAAGAUAUGUUGAUAUAUCCAUGGUUACUCUGGUUCAUUUGGAAAGCCAGAAACUAUAAAGUUUUCUCAAAUGAUGAUCACAAUCCGAAGGAUGUAAUGGAAUCAGCGUUAACGGAAGCACGUGCAUGGGCGGCUGCCCAAACGGUCGGAGAAAUAGUGCACGUAGACAACUCAACACAUCUUGGGCCCGUCCCAUCGGGAGAGUGGUGCCAGGUUGACGGAGCAUGGAAAGAGACAGAGUGUCGGGCAGGACUUGGGUGGUACAACUUUGACCCGGAAUCGGACUCAACUUUGGUUGAUUGUGCUCAGCUGGUGAAGAUGGUGUCUGAACCUGCAGAGUGGCCAGUUUUUGAGAUCUUGCUUGAAGAGAUGGAGAAAUGCAGAAAGAUGUUCCAGGCGUUCUCCAUAACACACAUUCCCAGGAGAAAAAACACGAAGGCAGACAGACUAACACAGAGUGCUCGAGAUCAGCCUCAUGAUGUGUAUAACAUAAACUCAGUUCCACCGGUUUCGUUUCCCGAACCGAUUUAG